UCAUCUGAUUGGCUCAGGCUUGCCAAUUGGAACACUUCCUUCUCAUAACCAAAGUUCAGAAAGUAGAGGAGACUGAAAGUGAGUGAGUGAGAGAGUAAAACAGAAAGAAGAGAGGAGGGAGGUUCCUGGUUGUCUGUCAGACACACACACACACUCACUCACACAGAAACAGAAGGCUGCCUGCAAAGCAAGCUAAACCAGGCUCACUCUUCAAUUUCCUGCCUAACAACCAGGAGGCCAUUUUGUUACUUUACUAUUUUGUUUUUUCUUCUGAAGCAGUAUUUUUGUUUCUGGACUUCUAUAAGACUAGAACUGGUGUUUUUUUUUUUUCUUCAAAAAAAAAGGGACUUUGAUUCUUUUUGUAAAAGCUGCUCUUGCUACUUUCUCUCAAGCCCAGGUUGGUCCCUGGCUCUCCCAUACCCCCUGAGCUCCUGACCGGCUGCUUAGGGUUUAGGGAUGAAUGUGUCAGCCAGCCUCAGCCUUUCGGCAGCCUCUUCCCUGCCCAGCCCUAUCUUCUUUUCGACUGGACCCUCCUUGGCAGGCUCUGUGAUGGGGCCACACGGGGGGAGCGUUGGUCCUGGGUGUUUGGCUGCUGAUUUUGGGGCAGGGGCAGGGUCAGGUGGGCUCAUGUCCCCCUCUAUUCCCACACCUGCUGGAGUGUCUUUCAUCAUUCAAAUUGGACUCACCAGGGAAUCGGUAUUGCUCCCUUUAUCAGCGGACCUGGCUCAUGUCAAACAACUGGCCUGUUCCAUUGUGGACCAGAAGUUUCCUGAAUGUGGCUUCUAUGGGAUUUACGAUAAGAUCCUGCUGUUCAAACAUGACCCCGGAACCAACAACAUUCUCCAGCUGGUCAAAACUGUGUCAGACAUCCACGAAGGAGACCUGGUUGAAGUGGUACUGUCCGCUGCUGCGACAUUUGAGGACUUCCAGAUUCGCCCACACGCGCUCAAUGUGCACUCGUACCGCGCGCCGGCGUUCUGCGAUCACUGCGGGGAGAUGCUGUUCGGCCUGGUGCGGCAGGGACUGAAGUGUGACGGCUGUGGGCUGAACUACCACAAGCGCUGCGCCUUCAGCAUCCCCAACAAUUGCAGCGGAGCACGCAAGAGACGUCUGUCCACGACGUCCCUGACCAGCACUCCUUCCCUGCGUCUGUCCACUUCUGAGUCCAUCUCGUCAGUUACCACUGUAGAGGACACCAUGCCUCGGACCCCCAGUGAUGUGAGCAACCCGGCCCGCCGGUUCUACUCCGGACGUCCCAUUCAGCUGGAUAAAAUGCUCCUGUCCAAAGUGAAGGUCCCGCACACCUUUGAAGUGCACUCCUACACGCGGCCCACUGUCUGUCAGUUCUGCAAAAAGCUUCUUAAGGGCCUGUUCAGACAAGGCUUGCAGUGCAAAGACUGCAAGUUCAACUGCCACAAGCGCUGUGCUUUGAAGGUUCCAAACGACUGCUUGGGAGAAACCUUAAUAAACGGGGAUCUGCUGAGCCCCAGUGUGGAUGCCGAGAUGCCAAUGGAUUUUUCCAGCGAGUACAGCGACGGAGACAAGGCCUCUUUCAUGGACGACUCGGAUGAUUCCGGAAUCAUCCCAGGAUCUCACUCUGAGAACAACUUCCCAGAGGAAAAUCCCAAUGGCUCGAGUGGAGCGGAGAGCUCCAUGGGUUACAUUCCUCUGAUGAGGGUGGUGCAGUCAAUCCGGCAGACCACACGCAAGUCCAGCACCACCAUCAAAGAAGGCUGGAUGGUGCAUUACAACAACAAGGACACACUGCGGAAGCGUCACUACUGGAGACUCGACUGCAAGUGCAUCAUCCUGUUUCAGAAUGACACCACCAGCAAGUAUUACAAGGAAAUCCCGCUAUCAGAGAUCCUGUCUGUUGAGACAGCCCAAAAUUUCAGUCUGGUCCCGGCAGGAACCAGUCCCCACUGCUUCGAGAUCAUCACUGGUAACAUGCGCUACUUUGUCGGGGAAGAGCCCUCCAUCAGCCCGGGCUCCCCCAAUUGCACCUUGCCAAACAGCGGAGUGGGUGGGGAGGUAGCUAAAGCCUGGGAGAGUGCCAUUCGCCAGGCCCUCAUGCCAGUCAUCUUCCAGGACGCACCCACCCCGCAAGGACACACCCCUCACAGACAAGCCUCAGUCAGUAUAUCUGUGUCUAACAGCCAGAUUCAGGAGAAUGUGGAUAUUGGGAUGGUCUAUCAGAUCUUUGCAGAUGAGGUGCUGGGCUCUGGCCAGUUUGGAGUGGUGUACGGAGGAAAACAUCGGAAAACCGGGAGAGACGUGGCGGUGAAGGUUAUCGACAAACUGAGAUUCCCGACGAAACAGGAGAGCCAGCUUAGGAACGAAGUGGCCAUCUUGCAGAGCCUGCGCCACCCUGGGAUCGUGAACCUGGAGUGCAUGUUCGAGACUCCGGAGAAGGUCUUCGUUGUCAUGGAGAGGCUCCACGGCGACAUGCUGGAGAUGAUCUUGUCCAGUGAGAGAGGGCGGCUUCCUGAGAAACUCACCAAGUUCCUUAUUACACAGAUUCUGUCAGCGCUGAGGCACCUCCACUUCAAGAACAUUGUGCACUGUGACCUCAAGCCAGAAAACGUCCUGCUGGCCUCGGCUGACCCCUUUCCUCAGGUGAAGCUGUGCGAUUUUGGCUUCGCCCGGAUCAUCGGUGAGAAGUCGUUUCGGCGCUCUGUGGUGGGCACGCCUGCGUACCUUGCCCCAGAAGUGCUCCUGAACCAGGGGUACAACCGCUCCCUGGACAUGUGGUCUGUGGGGGUGAUCAUGUAUGUGAGCCUGAGCGGCACCUUCCCCUUCAAUGAGGACGAGGACAUCAACGACCAGAUCCACAACGCAGCCUUCAUGUACCCUCCCAACCCCUGGAAAACCAUCUCCACCGAAGCUAUUGACCUGAUCAACAAUUUGCUUCAGGUGAAGAUGAGAAAGCGCUACAGCGUAGACAAGUCCCUCAGCCACACAUGGUUGCAGGACUACCAGACAUGGCUAGACUUAAGGGAGCUGGAGUGUAAGAUGGGCGGGCGUUACAUCACCCAUGAGAGCGACGAUAACCGCUGGCAGCAGUUUGCCCAGGACCACACUCUCCCCUACCCAGCGCACCUCGUCGUAGCCCAGCCAGCGUCCAGCGAGGACUCGGACGACAGUGACCUGCACGGCCUUACAGAGAGAGUCAGCAUUCUCUAAACGCCACGCCUCCACAAAGGGACCCGGAGGGGGCUCCUGCUAACGGAACAAAAAUCCCUUUCCCUGCUCUCUAUCGCCCUCUGUAGACCUUGUUCUGCAAGAACUGCCCACACACUCCAGAAACUGUUUUGGGCUGUAUCGUGGCUGCAGUCGUUAUUUGACAAUUGAGCAGUUGUUGCACAGGAUAUUUUGUAGAUCUGCAGUCAAACUUCUUUGGUCUGGGAAUCAGCUGUGCUGGCAACAGUGAGACUGCUGUUGAUUUGUAUUGUGACAAUGUACAGUAUUGCCUCUGCAGAUUACCUUUAAGACAGAAAAAAAAAUAAUAAUGAUUGCACCGGACUACUGCACAACUGGUCUAAAGUUCAUUAUUAACGCAUGCUUACACAGGCUGGUAUGCAAUUCAAAUGGAAGCCUUAAAAAGCGCUGAUCCCAGCAAAAACUUCUUUAUUUCGUUUCUUAAUGCCAUUCACUACAGUAAAAGCCCUCUCAAGCUUUGCCUGUGAAAUGACAGUCCACACGCUAUUAAACCCGCAAUACAACAUGCCUGGUAAAUCCUGGAAUGAAAAACACUUUUCAAAAUAGUCUGGCAGUCGGAGCUGGAUCAAAUUUAUAGUAGUGCAUUAGAAACCUGUUAUUUAUUAUAUUAUAUUAUAUAUUAUAUUAUAUUGGGUUGCUAAGGCUAUAGCUGUCUUAUAAUUGUAAUAUUAUAUUCUGACCUGUAAUGUUUAGAGUUAUGGUUUUCUCAGCAAAUACCAUAGCACACUGGGAUGAAGGCAGGAGCAGAAAUGUUGGUCGACUUGGCUUUAAGUUUACGCUCAGACCUGGUUAACAUUUUCUGCAGACGGCAUUUGGACAAUGCAGAAUAACUGGGUUUGGGGGCAUUUGUUGCCUCUCUAUACCCCACUCAGCAGACCCCCUGCUUAGAUAUAUCUUGAGAUCCAUUGAACGUACUAGUAUUUCCUUAGAGUGCUGUCCAUUUUGACAGUGCAUAUUUUGUGAGCACCAACACGCUUGUUAUAAAGGGACAGCAAUCCAUUAUGUUUAGUGGUGAUCCGUCUCCCCAGUUACCAUUUAUAUACAUUUUUUUAAGCAUAAUGCAGAUAUGAAAAUGAAAGCACCUUAACCAGUACUUUUAAAGCAAUAUGUCUACAUGGUAGUCAUAACUUAAUAUGAGGUGGUCAUAUCCAGUUUGAGCUGUACUGUUGUUCACGGUCUGUCUUAUAUUGGAUAAUUAUUGAUAGAUUUUAAUUUGAAAACCCAAAUAUAGUCAAUGUUAUUUAUUGGCAGUGCCCAUUCUACGCCAUAUCUACACAAGACAUUUUUAAGGAGCAAGCCUAAACAUUAUUCAUUUACUAAAUGCAGUAUGACUGAGAUUUGUUCUACAAUCCCCCCCCCCCCACCACCACCACACACAGUUCUGCAAUGUCUAAGACAGGUGCCACUUUCAACCACACCAAGCUUAGACUUAAAGGGAUAACGUUGUUUCUAAUAUUUUAAUAAUAUACCUGAUUUAAUAUUGUAGCAUUUCUCUAUCAGUCUCUAAUCUUGUUUUCAUUGUUUACCAGGCUUACUAACUAUUUAAGUUUAAAAAAAGGCUCCCCCCCAUUCCCCAAAGUGAGGUUGGGAAACAUUUGCACAGGCUACAGUUCACAGAGAUUCACCUAUGGGCUUCACUGUGCAACAUACUUCCUCACUCCCUUCAGAAAAGCAGCCUCAGUAUGUUUGCCACAGUUAGUAAACAUGACAAAUAAUGGUCUAUGCAGAAAGUAUGAUACAGAAUGCACAUAAUAACACAUUAAACAAGAAAUCAAGUAUUCUUCAAAUAUAGUUCAAGUAAAGUAGAUUUAAUUGUCUUUCUUUGUGUUCAUUUUGGGAGAAGGGUAUUCUUUUAUAGAAAGAUCCACAACAAACGAAUUUAGCAAACCCCAAUGUAAGGAAAUGAAAAUGCAGUUUUUUUUUUUAAAUUCAUUUACUUCAUGUACACUGGGACAGUUCAGGUGUUUUAACUUGUGUUUUAGUGUAGUCCUGCUGUGAAAGCUAUCUCGGGUAAAACAUACCGGAAUGCACUGGGAGGAGAGUUGAAAAACACAUGUUUUAGCAAACGUAUUUAGUGAAGGAAACUGUACGACAGGAAAGAUUCAAGGAAUUAUGUUUUUGGCUACAGUUCAACCACUCAACUUUUAGGGAAAAAAAAUUGAACGUACAUUUUGGAGAAAUGGUUCUGAUGUUUUAAGAGCAGAAAUAGUGACAAUUACAAUUCCACAGAAAACUUCACAGGGAAUGAAAGCUUAUACACUUCCAAAUGUACAUUUUGAACUGCAGUAUCUAAGAUGUUUGAUGUCAGUGAACCAACUGUUGUGUCAAAGGAAAAAAAGACUUCUUGCAGUAUGUUGCUAUAUAUAAGUAUUUGGAUAAGUUGUGUAAAACCACAAUAUUGGGUAAUUUAAUUUGUUUAACAUUUGCCCAAUAUAUAAUCUGUAACAAUAAAACACUCAGUAUUGAUACAUUUAGAAAUCUGAAAAGAAACCAUGACAAAAGUUUUGACAGUUUUUUUCAAGAUUGAAACACUGAAUUAUUAUUAUUUUUUAUUAUUCUUGUGUCCACUGGGUGAUGUGAAGGAUCUUUCAAUGGUCCCAUUAGAAAUGUGCAUUUGUAUAAUAUUUAACCUUGCAAAGGUGUAAAUGGCGCAAGUUUUAUAUAAGGCCAGUUUCGGAAAGUAAAAAAAAAAAAGAAA